GACAGCGCCGAGUCCCAUCAGGCGCUAGUCCCGCCCUGGACGCCGGGCGCCGCCUCCACAGUCUCGGCUUCGGUUGCUGGAUGAGAACCAGCGUGGCCCGUUCAAGGUGGAGGGCACAGGCGCGCCAAGGAGCAGAGCCGCGGGAAGCAACUCCCUAAGCCACAAUGCUAGUCGCGAACACAGGAAAAAGCUCGUCUCGCCGCCGCGGGACCGCAGGCUCCCGCCGGCAAUGAAUACACCUGUGGGAGCAACGGCCGCGGCGCGGAAUUCUGGGAGUUGUUCGUUGCGCGGAGCGCGGGCACGUCCGCCGGCCACCGGAAGCAGCGCCAUUCCCCGGUGCGUGCAGGUGGCAGCCAAGAGCCUCCUGGUACAGCGGCACCAGGUGGCGCCUAUUGGACCCCAGAGGUCAUCCCAGCUCCAGACGUGGACACAUUUUCUUCCAAUGAUGUCUACAGAUGAGGAAACUGAGGCCUGGAGAGGUUAAAGAGGCCCGUUCAGAGUCCUACAGCAGCAGACUUGUCUCUUGAGGACCUCUGCCUUCCACACAGCAGCCUCUUCAGGUGCAGGGAGGAAAUGGAAGCACGUUCUAAGCUGGUUCCGCCCCAGGCAUCUGUGUGCUUCGAGGACGUGGCUAUGGCAUUCACACAGGAGGAGUGGGAACAGCUGGACCUGGCCCAGAGGACACUGUACCGAGAGGUGACACUGGAGACCUGGGAGCAUAUUGUCUCCCUGGGGCUUUUCCUUUCCAAAUCUGAUGUGAUCUCUCAGCUGGAGCAAGAAGAGGACCUGUGCAGGGCAGAGCAGGUGGUCCCCCGAGACUGGAAGACUACCCUUGAGGAGAAUAGGUUGAAUUCUGAAAAAGAUCAGGCUAGGGAAGAACUGUCCCACCACGUGGAAGUGAAACAAUGUGUACAGGAGGAGCCACCCUGUUUGGUGUCAUUAGGAAAAGUGCACAAUCAGAGCAACCAGUUAAGGGAACACCAGGACAACUCCUUGAGGUUCAUGGUACUCACCUCAGAGAGACUGUUUCCUCAAAGAGAACACUGUGAGCCUGAACUUGGGGGAAGUUAUUCUGUACCUUCUACUUUAAGCCUUCUACCUAUGACAUUACCUGCACGUACAGGUUUCACUAAGCCUAACUCACAGGUUAAAGAGUUUAAACAAAAUUCAACUUUCAUUAAUCAUGAGAAAAAUGGAGCAGGUGGGAAGCACUGUGAGAAUCAUCAGCAUGCUAGAGCCUUGUGUCAGAGCAUUUACUUGAGUAAACUUGGAAACAUUGAAACAGGAAAGAAAAACCCUUAUGAACAUAUUGUUGGUCGUGACUCUCUCAACUAUGGUUCCUCCCUUUGUUUUCAUGGUAAAACUUUUUCAGUGAAGAAAAGUGAUGACUGUAAGGAUUAUGGAAAUCUCUUCAGUCACAGUGUGUCUCUGAAUGAACAGAAGCCAGCGCAUUUUGGAAAAAGUCAGUAUGAGUGUGAUGAAUGCAGAGAAGCCUGUUCUGAGAAUCUGUGCCUUGUACAAACAGAAAGAAGUGACCCUGGAGGGACCCCCUUCAGAGGUGAGGAUGGCUGUGCUGCCUUCCCUGUGGCCUCAUCUUUUUCUGACUGUAACAUCAUUCAGACUGCAGAGAAGUCAUUUGUGUGUAAUCAGUGUGGAAACUCUUUCAGCUGUUGUUGUAAGCACAUAUACCAGAGAACACAAACUGGAGAAAAGCCCUUCGAAUGUACUCAUUGUGGGAAAUCUUUUAGUCAGAGCUAUGACCUUGUCAUACAUCAGAGGACACACACUGGAGAGAAGCCCUAUGAGUGCGACCUAUGUGGGAAAUCCUUCACCCAGAGAUCCAAACUUAUUAUGCAUCAGCGAAUUCACACUGGAGAAAAACCGUAUCAGUGUGUUGAAUGUGGAAAAUCCUUCAGGUGGAACUCUAACCUCAUUGUACAUCAGAGAAUUCAUACUGGAGAGAAACCGUACGAGUGCACUCACUGUGGAAAGUCCUUCAGCCAAAGCUAUGAGUUAGUUACACAUACAAGAACCCACACUGGAGAAAAGCCCUUCAAAUGUACUCAGUGUGGGAAAUCUUUCAGCCAGAAGUAUGAUCUUGUUGUACAUCAGAGGACACACACUGGAGAGAAACCCUAUGAGUGCAACCUGUGUGGGAAAUCCUUCUCCCAGAGUUCUAAACUUAUUACGCAUCAGCGAAUUCACACUGGAGAAAAACCGUAUCUGUGUAUCGAAUGUGGGAAAUCCUUCAGGUGGAACUCUAACCUCGUCAUCCAUCAGAGAAUUCAUACUGGGGAGAAACCGUACAAGUGCACUCAUUGUGGAAAGUCCUUCAGCCAAAGCUAUCAAUUAGUUGCACAUAAAAGAACUCACACUGGAGAAAAGCCCUAUGAAUGUAACCAGUGUGGAAAAGCCUUCAAUCGAAGCACUCAGCUCAUCAGGCAUCUGCAAAUUCACACUGGGGAGAAGCCGUACAAAUGCAAUCAGUGCGAUAAAGCCUUUGCGAGGAGCUCCUACCUUUUGAUGCAUCAGAGAACUCACACUGGUGAGAAACCUUUUGAGUGCAGUCAGUGUGGGAAGGCCUUUACAGGGAGCUCUAACCUUCUUUCCCAUCAGAGAAUUCAUUCUGGAGAGAAACCCUAUGAAUGUAGUGACUGUGGGAAAUCCUUCCGGCAGCGAUCUCAGCUUGUAGUGCAUCGGCGGACACAUACUGGAGAGAAACCUUAGGAGUGCAGUCAUUGUGGGAAAACUUUCAGCCAGAGGUCUCCCGUCAUCAUGCACCAGAGGACACCUGUCAGUGGGAAGAGCUAUCAGUGUGAUGUGUAUUAAGGCCUUCAGCCAGCAGUAGUGACUCAUUAAACAUCAGAGAAUGCAUCCUGGAGGAAAGCCCUAUGAAUGCAUUGAUUGUGGGAAAGCCUUCAAUGAUCGCUCAACCCUUAGUAAACAUGAGAGGACGCACACUGGAGAGAAACCCUAUGAAUGUGACCACUGCGAGCAAGCCUUUAGCCAGCGGUGUCAACUUACCAGGCAUUGGAGAGUUCAUACUGGAGAGAAGCCCUAUGAAUGUUAAUGUGGAAAAGUUUCCAGUUAGGAUACUUCCCUUAUUCAACAUGAGAAAGCUCAUGGGCAAGAAACUCUCUGAAUAACCAAGAUGGAGCCAGAUGCAGUUGCCAACACCUGUAAUCCCAGCACUUUGGGAGGCCAAGGCAGGUGGAUUGCUUGAGCCCAGGAGUUUGAGACCAGCCUGGGUAACAUGACAAAAUCCUGUCUUUACAAAAAAUACAAAAAUUAGUCUAGCAUGGUGGUGCAUACCUGUAGUCCUAGCUACUCAGGAGACUGAGGUGGGAGGAUCACUUGAGCUUGGGAGGCGGAGGUUGCAUUGAGCUGUGAUCAUGCCAUCACACUGCUGCCUUAUGAGAGAGUGAGAUACUCUCUAAAUAAAUAAUAACCAAGAUAGGAAAUUUCCCUGCCAUACCCUCUUUACUAGAAAUCAAGUGGCUAAAACAUGACUCUCAGAGUGGGGCUUCAUGACCAUGUGCAUCAGAAUUGCCUGGAGUGUGCACUAAAAUUGUAUUAUGAUGCUCACUCUAGCCAACUGAAUAAAAAUCUCUGGUAGUAGAA